AUGAAAAUCUCCAUUCCAAACGAUCCAAGAUUUGCCUAUUAAAAAUCUCAUUUGAGUCCUUGCAUUGAUAAUUCAAAAUCAACGUAUGGGAUCGCUAAAUCUCAAAUACAAUAAGGAAGCCCUUGUAAAAUUAAAAUUAAUAUAUAUUUAAGCCCUUUUACCUCCAUACCCUUAACAAAGUAGAAAUCUGUCUAUGUCAUUAUUUUAAACGCCUUCCCCUUAGAGACUUCCAUAAUCUUUGGUUCAAUAAUCUACUCCUUAAUCGGUAGGAAAACCAAAUGUUGCUCCUCCUUCUCCUUUAUAUGUAAAAUAGGUCCAAUCUCCGUAAUUGGCGUAAUCGGCAUAACCUAAAUAUCAAUAAAUGAUAUAAACAUAAGCACCUUAAGUUCAUAUUAGUAAAUAUACAUACAUAACAAUAUCUUUAGUCUGUGAAAUAAAGGAACUGCCUGUAGUUCAUGAAGUGCAUCAUGUAAAUAGGCCUAUAAAUGUGAUUUCUAUGGCUGAGAUAGAAGCACCUUGGAGAAGUAAACAGAUUCUUUUGGAGAAACAAUUAAUUGAUGUUAAAGUAUGGUUCUCAAAAGAAGGUAGAAACAAGACACAUAAUUGUGGAAGACGAAAGUAAAAUUAGGGAACUUGAAUAAGAAAUUCAAAAAUUGCAGCACAUUAUGAGAGAAAAUGAGGAGAACAUUUAAAAUUUGGAGAGUUUGGUCGAUUAAGCGUAAAAUAAUUUAGAGAAUGUGGAAGAAUAAGUAUAAAAUUAAUUGGAGGAACAACAUGCUGAAUUGGCUAGGUGGAGGAAGAAGUUCUAAGAGCUGAACAAGAAAUAUCACGACUUAGAAGAGGAGAUAACAAUGACAGAAGCCCAGAUUGAGAGUAUUCAGAAAAGAGCAAUUGUUACUUAAACCUCAUCGAGCAAAUUAAUAUCUAAGUCAAGGGUAGGUCAAACUGGUGGCAGUGCCUAAAGAGUUGCCAGUGUUAAUAGGAAUUUUUGA